AAGAAACAGAUCUACCAACAGAUAAAUUUAAAAUCCCUAUAAAAUAAUUUUCCGUUUUCCGAAGUUUUUCCUAUCCUAACUAAAAAAUUAUUAAUUAUUCCAAACAAAGAAGACCGAACCCUUUUUUAAUGUCCACUAAAUAUUUAAUAACGUUAAAUGGAGAAAAUGUUCAAAAGAAGUAAAAAAGAACAAUGACGUUUAACCUCAUUGUCCAAGCUUCAGUUGAUAAUUACAAUACAAACAAUAAGUAUCAAAGUUUGAAGUGGUAAUGACUGUGCAUAUCAUUUCUACAAGAUGAAUUACUUUUUGCUAUACAUAUUUCUAUUUAUUUUACACCAAGUUAACUCACUGGAAAAAGAAAUUACUGUUUAUGUGGAGGCCGGUACAGAAUCGUGUUUCUACCAACCCAUUAAAAAGGGGGAAAUUGUAGACCUGGAUUAUCAAGUCAUUGAUGGAGGCCAUGGAGAUUUAGAUAUAAAUUUCAAUUUAGUUCAUCCGAAUGGAAUUCUUUUAACUGAUUUCAAAAAGUCUGAAAAUACCCACCGUCUUGAUGCUGAAGUAGAAGGAGACUACAGGUUUUGCUUCGAUAACUCUUUCAGUUCAUACAACACAAAGACUGUAUUUUUUGAAUUAAUAGUAGAAGGAGAUGAUAAUGGAGAAUGGAGUAGUGAAAACAUGAAGUUCAACACAGAAGAUGAAGAUUUUGAAGCUCAAAUAAGCGACGUACAAAAAAUAGUAAGUACUGUGAGGAUACAUCUGACUAAAAUUAGGUACUUACAAGAAUUAAUUAAAUCCAGUGAAGCCAGAGACAGAAACAUUGCUGAGGAAAAUUUCUUUAAAGUUAAUUCAUACUCCAUGGUACAGUUGUCCCUGAUGAUCAUUGUUGGGUUUAUUCAAGUGGUUAUGGUAAGAAGUCUUUUUGAUGAUCAUUCAAGAGUACAUAAGAUUUGGAAAAAUUUAGAUAAGAGGUUACAUUAAUAGAUAAUUGUACUAUUGUUACUGGUGCUGCAUCAAAUAUACCAAACUCGAGUUAAUUUUAAGUGUCUUCUUUACCAUGUUCAAAAUAUUGACUGAUAAUAGGUACUUAAUUCAACAGAUCCAAUGUAGUUGUCCUUUUUAAUGCUCAAUUUUGAUAAAUCGUUUAUUUAGCAGGUUAGCCCAAAUUUUUCUAUGAAUAUAAAAUCUGAAGUAUAUACCUAGAUGAUAUUAUUGUAAUUUUGACAGUAUUUUACUGCAGACUAAACAAUAAAGUACAGUCCGUACAAUAUAGAUACAUGAUAUUAGAGGUGGGAAAUUUAGCGAUAGAAACCUUUCAAAUUUACAUUAUAAUAUCGAUUCUUUCCCACCUUUAGACUUUAGAUGUAUCAGAGGAGUAUGUCAACUAAAACUGUCAGUCACAGUGGUAGUUGCCAAACUAAUCCGAUACAUCUAAAGGAAAGGUUUCUAUCACUAAAUUUCCCACCUAUACUAGAUUUAUCUCACAACCUAAUAUCGAGGGGCUCGAGUGAAAACCCCUAACUAAAAAUAACAUUGUUUCGAAAUAAUCGCGAUUAACGAUUUUAGGAAGUUUAAAGAAGAUUUCAAAUCGUCAUAGGAAGUUCAAUCAAAUCGUCAUUAAACUUUCUAUGACGAUUUGAAAACUUCUUCAAACUUCCUAAAUCUUUAAUCUCGAUUAUCUCGAAACAAUGUUAUUUUUAGUUAUCGGGUUUUCGCUCGAACCCCUCGAUAUGUUUUCCAUCUUUUGUGUUAUUUCCAGUUAUUAGCGCCCUCAUCACUGUAUGCACAAGAUUUUUUGAAAAAUAUUUUUGGAUUCGGAAAUUGGUACAUUAAAAUAAAUGUAAAGAUUAAUUUUCAUUACAAUCAAUUGGGGUUUAAUCCCACAUAAAUACAAUAUUUAAUCUACCCUUUAUUUUUAAUAAAAUAUGUUAAUUAUUAAUUAAUAUUAUGUAUAUUAAUAAAAGUCGUUAGUUUUUAAUGACAGGUAUUAAUAUAAAUUUUGUAUUACAUAAUAUAAAAUCAUGAUCAAUAACUACAAUUGGUAAUUUUUAUUUACCAAAUUUGUCAUAGUCGUAGCAAUAUUUUGAAGUGAUAUGAAUUUUAAUGUCUUAAGGUUUUGUACACCUUUACAAAGUGCCAUAUUAUGUUCUUUACCUUGUAUAAUUAUUUGUAUAAAUAAACAUAAUAUUUAUUUUAA